UAGAAAUUACAGAAGGUCAGCUCCGACCCGGACGAGAUUUAUCCUGAAUCCAGACAUCCCAGUGUUAGUCCAAUCCAAAUAACAGAAGAGAGGGUUUCGGGCCUCUUCAUUUUGUCUCACUUUUGAUUGAAAAGAGGACUUGCAGAGGACUAACAGAGACUUCGAGGAACCAACACCAACGAAUAGCUGAAAAGAUCAGGACAGAAGAAGAAGAAGAUGGCAGAGGAAGGAGAAAGCGUCAAAGCGGGAGUUGGGGCGAAAGCAACAGAGGAGGACAUUGAUGGGGUCAUUGGUGGUGGCAGUGGUGAAGAACCCGAGGAAGGAGAAAUUGUAGGGGACGAUUCAGCUUCUGUGAAGUCGUCGACUACUUCCUUGCAGCAACCUCACCCGUUGGAGUACUCAUGGACUUUCUGGUUUGACAAUCCUUCGUUCAAAUCCAAGCAAGUAACUUGGGGUGCCUCCAUUCGCCCCAUCCACACCUUCACCACUGUCGAGGAGUUCUGGGGUCUAUACAAUAAUAUACUUCAUCCAAGCAAAUUAGUUGUGGGAGCAGACUUCUAUUGUUUCAAGUACAAAAUUGAGCCAAAGUGGGAGGACCCUGUUUGUGCUAAUGGAGGGAAAUGGACCAUAAGCUCUCCUAGAGGAAGGGCUGAUACUUGGUGGUUAUAUACAUUGCUGACAAUGAUUGGAGAACAAUUUGAGCAUGGUGAGGAAAUUUGUGGAGCAGUUAUUAAUGUUCGAGGAAAGCAAGAGAAGAUAUCCCUAUGGACCAAGAAUGCUUCAAAUGAAACCGCUCAGGUGAGCAUUGGGAAGCAGUGGAAGGAAUUUCUUGAUUACAAUGACUCCAUUGGCUUCAUAUUUCAUGAUGAUGCAAAGAAGUUUGACAGACUUGCGAAAAAUCGCUAUUCUGUGUGAAGCUCAAAUCCUCUUACACUGACAAACACCAAAUUGAAACAGAAGGUAUUUCCAUUAUCACAGAUAGAAAAAUGGCAGGCCUUUCAAUUGGACAAUGGUUGCAAGAUAAAUGACCUUGUAUAAUUGUUAGAACUUUGAAGUCAUUUCUUUUGUAGUGAAAAAGAUUAUCAGUAAGCCAUGAGUAUGUUGUAUAAUAUGGGAAUGCAUCUUUGAAGUUUUGCCUUAAAUGAUGAAAGUUUGCUGCAUUUUAUUUAUGCAAAUUACUUGUUA